CCUUCCCAGAAGUGUCUCCACUUCCCCCACCAUCCGCCCCAGUUUUCCGGACAGGACAGGACUGACAGUGGGGAUAAAACCGGCCUGGAGAGUCUUGGGAGCCACUGGCCUGCAAAGCCUCGGCCCCAACUACCCUUGCACUCUCGGCUCCUACUGGCACCUGCUGGACAUGAGGCUUCGAGUGGGUUCCCGCGCCCCCAGUCCCCUGCCCAGCUCGGGGCUCCUGCUCCUGGGACUGCUGCUCUUGCCAGCUGUGGUCUCCCUCCCCAGAGUGGACCCAGAAGAUGAGCACCUGCGCUGCGUGUGCGUGAAGACCACCUCCGAAGUCCGUCCCAAGUAUAUCCGCAGCCUGGAGGUGAUGGGUGCGACAGUCCACUGCCCCGUUCCCCAGAUGAUAGCUUCUCUGAAGAAUGGUAGGAAAAUAUGCCUGGACCCGAACGCCCCCCUGUAUAAGAAAAUACUGCGGAAGCUUUUGGAGAGCUAGCUACCAGCUGCCUCGCUCUGUACAGUUGCAAUGCAGCAUGUUUUCUGUUUUAUUCAUUUUCAAGCUAAUGGUGGAAAAAUCUCCUGAUGUUUUUUUUUUCUUUAUUGUCCUCCAAGUUCUAAAUAAAUAAAAUAAAUCGACGUGUCAUGUAUUUCUUAAUAGAGCAAAGAAAUAGUGUUGACUCAAUUUCAUUUAAAAGAAAAUCUCCAGAAUUUUAAGCAAAAAAUAUAUUUGAAGGGAAGUUGGGUUUAAUAAGGACUGGUUCAUUUAGUGUGACACGUUCACUGAUAUAUAUUUGCAUAUUUACGUGAUUGCAUUACUUUAUUUACAUAUUAAUGUUAUAAUUAGCUUUGCCAGUAAAUAUUAAUCACACUGAAACGUC